ACACAAAACACACGUUAGGCUACGUGUCACAUUUAUCCCCAAUUGGCUAAUCCUCCAUUGUUCCGUCUGACUAUUUGCAAUAUCGUCCACGCCGCCGUCAUCGGCAAUCCGCUCUGGUGAUACGUCGGCGGCCGUUGACGUCACGUACUUUCGUAACGGCGCUUUCUCCGAUUUCAGUCACCCUGUUGAUGGCUCCAGUUCCGUUUGGACAUAUCUUUACUGCUGACGUUGCAGUAUCCUGUUGCCCAGCGUAGGUAGUGAAAUCAGUACUGAAUGGGCUGCAUUUCACUACAUGCUCGCCGGGUAGGAUCAUCCAUUGACGCGCAGAUGAGGUGUACCGCUAGUCGAAAGCGGUUCUGUGUCGGUGUGACCAGGCAAAAUUGGUUACGCGAUAUGUCCCAGCGCCGGUGGUGCGGAUGAUGCAUGAACGCAGAGAUGCGGCUUCUCUUCAGCGAUGCACGCUGUUCCGGACAAGGGACUCGGCCGUAAAAAACAUUGUGAAUGUUCAAUUAAUCUUCGUAAGCGUCGGUUUCGUUUGAGGUGGACCUGCAUGGACGCGAUCUUUUCAGAGGCUGCCUCUGCUGGUGACCUCAAGGCCAAGGAGCUAACUAACAUACUUCAGGAAAAGAGGAAAAACAUCAGUAAUGGUGCUGCCAAAAAUUCUAAAAAGAUACCAAAGCGAUGGAAGCAAAUAGGAAGAAGUGUGUUUGGCUCGAAGAAGUCUUCCGACGUCAGCUCCAACGGCCUGUGUGUAAGCACACCGUCGCUGGACGAGCUGAACCUUGAAAACGUGGAGCCACAAGACCUGACUCUGUUGCAGCUGCUAGCGCUGAAUGCGUUAGACCUUACUGCUCCUGCCAGUGAUAUCUUACUAAAGAACAGGUCAAAUAGCUGGGUCCAGCUUUCUGGUCAUGAAGGUGCCUUUGCUCCAGCUGGUCCUGGAACGAUAUGGAAGAAGUGUACCGGGGACAUCCGGGAAGUGCAGGCUUACGAAUCUCUAAUGAAAGACAACCUAUCUGACAUGGUUCCACAGUUCUACAGGGACAUAGAGUACCAUGGCGAACACUUUAUUGAAAUGCAAGACCUGCUGCAGAACUUUCACAACCCAUGUAUCAUGGACAUCAAAAUGGGUACCAGAACGUUCUUGGAAUCCGAGGUGCAGAACAACAAGUCCCGAACGGACCUGUACGAGAAGAUGGUCAAGGUUGAUCCCCUUGCGCCGACCCCUGAGGAACAGAAUGCCAAAGCUAUCACCAAAUUACGCUACAUGCAGUUCAGAGAAAACCUCAGCUCGUCUUCUACGCUUGGGUUCCGGAUAGAAGGCUUCAAGGCAGCUGGUGGAGAACCUAUGAACGACCUGAAGCAUGUCAAAACAAGGGAUCAAGUGACAGCAGUCAUGAAGAAAUUCCUCGGAAACAACCCCCAUGUCCGCAAGCAGCUCCUGGAAAGGUUCAAGACGCUCAGGCAGAAAAUAGAGUCCUCGAAGUUCCUAAUGAAGCAUGAGGUAAUUGGUAGCAGUCUACUUAUCAUUCAUGAUGGCUGGAAAGCUGGUGUGUGGAUGAUAGAUUUUGCCAAGACAGUCCCCAUACCGGAAGGGAAGUCAGUCAGCCACAGAUCUUCAUGGGUCCUUGGAAACCACGAAGAUGGCUAUUUAACGGGACUGGAUAACUUAAUAUCUGUGGUUGAAAGCUGCUCGAGCUCCAGUUAAUCGGAAGUGUGGUACUUCGGCUGGUUUUGAUCGUCUUCGUGCCUCUGCAUAUUGACUGCAGGAGGCAGUGCGCUCUCCCUCGUGGCUGCUAAGUCUUCUCAGGUGUACCUUGCAAGCAGUUUGGCGAUUCAGUGAUUCAACUAGACCUGGAAGCAUACAGGAAGCAUCAAAGAGCUCCGUCCUUGCAGCCAAAAAAUACGAGAGGGAUUUGAAUGUGUGGAUUAACUUGUAGCACCCUGCACAAAAUGCUGACAUCCGGUGCAGAAAAUGGGGCUACGUACACUACAUGUGCAUGUUCUGCGUCCCAUGCUGCGUAACAACUCCUGCCUAAAUCGUACCAUGUUUAGGUUGACGGAGCUUGUCAAUGACAUUUGCAAGGCAUGUGGUCCCGGAAGCAUUUGAUACAGGCUCGGUGUUUGUAGCCAGUACGACAGGCAAAUGUUUGCAGUGGAACAGCAUCAACGCUUGAGCAGCUGUGCGUAGCACAGUCAUUCUAUGCAGACUUGUCACGCUAUGUCAGAUGAAAUAGGAAAGAUUGUGGAAGAGUGGUGUGGUAGCUCUGCACAGUGGUGCAGCAGCUGUAAUUUUGUUUUGUAAGUAUUUGUGUACAUAUGUAUCAUUAUUUAUUACGUGAUAACUUGGUACUCGAUUCAUUGAAGAAAAUAAAUUCAUUGAAUGUGCAGAAAAA